UUUCAGCUGAUGGAGAUUAUUGUGGACAAAUAGGCUUAGGAACAUCACUAUGGCAACAGCGAAUCGUAAAAAGCUACAUAAGCACUUCAUCAGGGCCGUGAUCCAAUGGCUCCCAUUGGAGAUGGUGCUCCAAACCUCCUGCAACACGUAAAGGCAGGCCAGAGAGGCUCUCAUGGGAGGGAGAGAGGGAGGGAGAGAGAAGAGAGAGAGAGAAAUAGAGAGAGCGUACUGUGAGACAGUGAGUAGACGAGAUAAUCCAUUUCUCCGUCUCUCACUCUGCUUUUCAUUCAACCAGUCUCCUCAGCCUUCAUCUACCCAUCUGAUGUCUGAGGACGUUUCUUCUUCUGCUUUUCAGUGAUUUGGUUUCUUGUGGAGACCAAUAAAAACUUCAAAAGAAGAAGAGGGGGCUGUGAAGGAGGACAUGGCCACUUGGUUUAGCUGGAAUGAGCCGUACAGCCGGAGCCCCCGACGGGACCCGGCUGACGUGGUCACCGAGACCCUGAUGCUGGAGUUCAGCUGGCAGCUGAAGGAGACAGAGAGGCAGCAAAGAGAGAGGGAAAAUGAGUACCGGCGCCUCAAAACUGGAGUUGAUUACAGCUGGCUGGCCAGCACGCCUCGGUCGUCCUACAACAUCAGCACCGGGGAGAGGCUCGGCCUGGAGGACCUCUGCUCCAAGGUGCCGCCGACCUGCUGCGGUCUGGUCAUACUCAAGUUCAGGGAGGCAAUGCAGAUCAAUGAACCUGAAGUGCAGGAGGUGUCUGGCCUGUUUCGCUCCAUCCUCCUGGAGGCUCUGGAUCACCUGAAGGAAGAGCAGGAGGCACAGCGGCUCGCCCAUCAGUGGAACAACAGACGUGCUAUAAGCAUGUCCCUCGUGAACUUCAGGUCCCGGAUUAAGAUCAACCCGUUUGGAAGCACAGUUGGCCUGACCUCUGUGGCAGACGGGGCCGGGUUGAGCGACCUCAAAACCGUGUCAGAGGACGUAGAGAGAGGGAUGGAGAGCUCGAAGAGGGUGUGGAGCAUGCCUGACUUCAGAUAUAAAGGAACCAGUAGCAGUAAGGUUGUCUGAUAUGGGAUGUUUCUGUGGGACAAAUGUUGAUCUCCAGGACCCUCUACUGCAGUAUGUCCACUUUGCACACCAGGCGAGGCAGGAGUGAAUCCUCCUUCUCUUUUCAGUAUGAGACCAAUCAGCAUUUGAUCUGUUAACUGGUUUACCUUCACACCUGAAAGGUCAAUAACUUGAAAUCACAUCUUUUGGAUUUUAAACCGUUUUAACUUUGCAUAAGAUUAUCUUGCAGUAGUGCGUUCUGUAUUUUGUAGACAUUGGCAAUUUAGCAUUGAGGGCGGCCUGAUAGGGAUUCAUGUAAUUUAAAGACAUUCUUGACUCCUUUAUGUUGAAGGAACAAAGGAAAAAUGUGUAUUUUGUCACAAAAUGAUCGCAGAGGUGAAUAAUCUUUUAUGACUGAAUAUUUCGCAUGAGAUUGAUGGAUAUAUUUAAAAAUGUAAAUUAACUUAUCGCUAAUAGUUAAUGCUCACCAUUAACUUCAUUCAGAGGGUGAGUCAUGCUCUCCCUCUGACUGCUUUUGGUUUUCUCCCAGCAGCACACCAGGAGUCAGCACAAUAAUUCAUUCAUGGUCAGCACACUGAAAGCUUUCUUUCUGUUCUUCAUUUGUAUAAGGCCGUCAAAAAAUAAAUGAUCACAACAUGUUCCUAGACCUUUUUGAGUGAAGUAAAGUCUUUCCAGCAGUUUA